AUGACGCUGCCUAGCUUACUGGGGUGGAUUGCUGUGGCACGUGUGGGCGUGUAUGCGCAGGCGCGGGAGCAGUGGCAAUGGCGCUUCAGGCUGCCAGGCAGCACCUCCCUCCUGAGUUCCACAUCAAAUGGGGCUGUUUUGCAACCCCUCACCUCUGAGAAGCUGCGGCUUUUACCUGCGAGGGUCUUACUGGGUCAUGGCCAGGUGCUGGUCCACUCCUGGGAACGUUUACGAGACUGUGCUGCUGCCAAAGACCAGAGACUGCGGCUGGGAGCAAGCCCGCCCCAGAAAAAUACCAGCGAAUGUGGUUGUUUUCCAGAGUCCACUGGAACUUCUGCCUCUGGGGUGGCUUCCCAGCAGCAAAUGUCCUCCCAGCAGGGGAACUACCUUUGCCUUGUGGCCCGAAGACCCCUCAGACCUUGUUCUCUGCACCUGGGGAUUCGCCCUUCCCACCAGAGCACUGCCAGCAUCUCUCCCCCACUACUUCUCUGCAAGGGGUGGAAUGCUUAUCCAAGUGCUUGGAAUCCCAAGAUCAUGGAUUGGUCAACUACUAAGAACCUGGAGUGGUCUACGAAACUCAGGAUGUGGGUGGAAGCACGUGUGCUGCUUGCAAGCCUAGCGAAGUAAAAGGACUUCUAUCUCCAGCCUGGCACGGGAAGCAUAGAGGUCUCUAUACGUGGAAAGAAUGAGGUGGGACUGAGACAUCUCAUCACACCAGACCGGGGCAACAGCAUCACAGCUAUUCUGCUGAUGUAAGAACAAAAUUAAAUGUUUUUAAGCUAUUUACUGAGUUUGAAUGUUGUUCGUGAUGCUGCAAUUUGUGGCAAUAGCUAACUGAUGCAAUUAGGCUCUAAAUUGUUCCUCCACUGAGUUUACUUAUUGAGUUGAUGUCAUAAGAUUUAAUGCAUAUUGUUUCAAUAUAAUAAAUGCUUAUUUUCUCUCCUUGCCUA